GUGGAAUUCUGAUUGUAGGACAUUGACAUAAGAUGAAUAGACAACUAUUGAUCAUAUUUUUGUUGGUUUCCACUUGCUGUGCAAUUGCAACCAGUGAAAUAUUCAAAUACAGUUAUCCCGAUGGUAGUAAACAAGAUGAUUGGAGUGAGGCCAUUAUAUCUUACAUCAAUCAAGAUCAUAUUACCAAGGUGAAAAGUGAUUUUGUGGACAAUAACAAGGCAAUUGCAUACACAGAGAUGCCAUUUGUUACUGGUGAGAUCACAAUAGGUAGUUCAAUGAGCGAAUACAUGACUCUGUAUGAGAAGUUUUCUGGGAGAAAAUGGACUGGAAAGGAAUCUCAAGGGAAAGGACUGGGGAUUAACUACUCGUCUGAAAUUUCCAAGAGUGGUAGUACUACGAUUCAGAUUAUUUGCCAGUAUGUUUCCCGAGUGGUAUCAUAUCUAUCUUACGUACUUGUUAAUUGCCAAGAUGUUUUGGAAACCCUUUGGAAAGGAUUUAAUGACUUUAAAUUCAGAGUAAUGGAAAGAGGGUGGGCUGCUAAACAAUGUAAUGGUUUUAUGUACCUCGAUGAAUCAGGAGAUAUACAAUGGUAUGUGCUCCUUUCUCCCAAAACUUUCAACAUAGAUUGUGAUACUGUAUCAUCAAUAUAUGACUAUGAUUUUCGAGAAGUUGCCCAGGAAUGUAUCGCCGAUGCUGAGCAGACUCCUUCGAUUAUGUCCACUUGUUGUCGAGUUGCUAGUGCUGACAAAACGUGGUAUGCAGAUAUCAAGAUAGCGAAGAAGGAGGGUGCCACAUCUGAUCUGUGGGGUGUUCCAUGUGGGGAAGCGGUGACAUAUGAAUUAAAUUUGAUAUAGACAAACCAGGCAAUAUAACUUUUUCUACUAGACGAUAUAUUCAUAAAUCAUAUUCUUAUUAUUUGCAGAGAAUAAAUUGUCAUGCCUGUAUAAGCUAUUAACGGUAUUAAGUAUGUUAGCCUGAAAACUUGAAGAUACCUAAUUUGUAAACUAAAUUUAAGAGGCAAAACUUAAGUACUCAGUUGGCGUAAGGUCUUUAGUCGUAGGGUUUUUUCAUGGUGUCACAACGUCAUCCGUUGUCAAAGAGGAUACUCAAUAUUUUACAAUUACCCUGUGUCCGACUUUUGCAACUUAGUUGGUUUAUAACCGCUGAAGCUUGGGAUACAUGUAGAUAUGAUAAAUCUCCAUUUCAAGAGAAAGUAGUGACAAAACACUAGUACACCCAUUAUGAAAUAGUUGCAGAGUUAAUCCCACCACACAAAACAUAUUAUAUAAUAUUUGCCUAC